UUAAUAAUACUUUAAAUUUUUAUAUUUAAGAAUUAAUAAAUAUAGCAAUUUAAAUUGAAAUUAGAUUAAUUACGAUUGAAUUGUGUUUUCAUAUAACUAAAUUUAAUUAAUCGUAAUAGUGAGUACGUAACAUUAGUUCCGGAAGAACUUACUUCGAGUUAUCAAAAUACGCAAAGAUGGCUGAAGAAAGUGACAGGAGUCAAUUGCCACCCGGUUGGGAAUGCAGAUAUGAUAUUCGAAGUGGUCGUCCAUAUUUUAUAAAUCAUUUUAACCGUACAACAACAUGGGAAGAUCCAAGAGUAAGAUAUUGGCAGUAUUCUCAGUAUAUACAAUCACAAAAUUCAAUGGCACUGAGUUCUGCUACAACUAUUACUUCCCAAGAUAUACCUAUGCAGACUGGAGGAAAUGGAGGUGGUGGACAUUUAGGUUAUGCUGGAGCUCACAGAGCUCCACAAAUUUAUCCAACACUGUCUCCUUAUCAUAAUCCACAACUUGCAUUUUUACCUCCUAGUUUACAGGAUCUGAAAACUCCAUUAUCGCUGAAAUCAGUUAGUGCAAUGACAAACAGGCUUGGGGAUAUGACGUUGGGGUCUCCAACUCCAGUAAAGAAUAUGGAAACAUACUUAACACAGAACUCGGAUUCUGAAUUACAAGUUGCUAAAAUCAAUGCUAUGUUUCCCACAGUUUCUGAUACUCACAUUCGACUUCUUUUGAAAAAAUACCAUAACAGAGCAGCUUUGGUUGUCAGCGCUUUACAAGUGGAAAAGAAUCCUCUUUGUGCGCCAGGACCAUGCACACCUGUGGGAGUGCAUUCAAACUAUGCAAUACCAAGAUGGCGAUUACCACCACAUGCUAUACAUGCAGCUCUAACAUUGAGUCCACCUCGUGGGGCUCGGCCAGCCCCUAACUCCCCCAAAAUAAAACUUAGGUACCUGAAAAAUGUAUUCCCAAAAGUAGAAGAAACCAUGUUGCUUGAUAUUUUGGAACAAAGUGACAACAAUGUUCAAAAAGCUUCUGAAAAAUUAAUCGAUCUAGGCUAUGAAAAACGAAAUCCUACAGCUCCUAAAUCUUUAAGAAGAAAAGAGGAGGAGCAAAUAAACAAUGAACAAACUGUACCUACUCCGCCACCGCGUAUGAAAAGUUUAGAAGAGAAAAAUAAAAUGAAAACGCGAUUGAUGGAGAAAUAUAAAUCAGUACCAGAAAGAGUAAUAAUGCUUGCUAUGGAUAGUGUUGAUUAUGACGAAGAGAGAGCAAUACACAUAUUAGAUAUCAUGGUUACAGAAGAAGCUACAAGACCUUUGUGUACAUCAGGCAGUCCAAGCAGUAGAAGUGACGAAAGGAAAGACAGUCCACCAGUAACCGAAGCUGUAAAAUUAACUGCUUCUCCAAUUAAGAAAAUAGUUAAGGAUGCAAAUUCGGAAAAAUCUAAACGUUCAAAAAAUAAAAUAGAAAUACCAAAAGUUUCUCGAGGAACUAGUACCACAGAGGACAAUGAAUAUAAAUCUCCAUAUUUGACAAAACCAGUUGGACCAAACCCUGAUUUACCAAAAGGAGCUAAUAAUGACUUACUUUUACCUGAUUAUGCACCAUGGUCAGGACCAGAUCCAAGUUUCUUAAGUAAAGAGUUAUAUAACAAAACAAUAGCUAAUGGACAUGAUGCUACUUUGCUUUUCGGAAAUCGGUGUGUUGCCAAAGGACCUAAUUCAGAAUUGAGAAAAGGUGCACUGAGAGAAUUAACUCAAGGUUCUAUAUAUUCUCAAAGAAAUAUUUCGAAUACAGAAAGUCGUGGUAAAUGAAAUAUGUGUAAUUGUCUCUUUGUUAAUUUUUAUGUUUGCUAAGUUGAAAGUAUAUCUGUUUUAUUUAAACUGCUUUUUAUUUAAUAUCUUCAUAUAAAUUAUACAAAUUUAUAGUUAUAAAUCAAUUGAACGUUAAUUAUUUGAAAUAUCCAUUUCUUAAUUUCUUAUAUAUUGAAUAAAAGCUUCCAAUAUUAGUACCAUUAAUACAAAUAAACAAUUAUUGUUAAUUCUAUAUUGCUAAAUUCAAAGUCAUUUGUUAUAUGUUCGUAUUGAAGUUAUAUUAAUAUAAAUAUUUGGUUACUUUAUUACAAGUUAAUAUUUUAUAUGUUCACUAUAGAAUAUUAAUUUUACAUCAAAAAUAAAUUUUAACUGUUUGUCUAUAAGAUAGCAAACGAGAUACAGUCAAUUACAAAAGUCUACAUACAUCCCUUAAAUAUAAAAUAUUAUAGUAAAAAUAAUUAGUUCUAUGAGUUCUUUUGACACAUUAAGAUACAUAUUGUUACAAUGUAAUAUAAUUUAUUCACCUUUACUUGCAUUAAGAAAAAGGAAGCAAAAAAAUAUAAAAUUCAAUGUUGCAAAAGUUAUAUAUAUAUAUAUAUAUGUUAUUAUAUAUUAUUAAUAUCUUAUAACCCCCCCCCCUUCUCUCUGUAAGCAUCAAUAAUGAUCUGUUAUCAGGUUGGUAUUGAUAAAAUUAAAAGUUUUGUAAACUCUGAUGUAAAUCUAUUUCAAAAUUCUUAUAAGUUAAAUGUUUUAAUGUUUUUAAUUCAUUUUAGAAAUACAUAAUAUUUAAGAUAACUUUGUACUGAUAUGUAAGUAUAAAUAAUUUUGUGACAAAGUGCGUUUUAGUGUCAUAAUUCAAUAGGUGUAUGUAGACCUUUGUAACUCAUUGUGCAUAUUCAUGAAAGUAUAUGUAAAGGAGUGUUCAAAUUUACUUAGAUAUACAUAUUUUAAGUGAUUUAAAAAAUACAUCAUCAUUAGCAUGCAUUAUCAAUUUUGGAAAAUCGUAAUGCUUCCAUUUAUGACAUAUCUUGUCAUUUUUAAUAUAUACCAAGUAUAAAUAUGACCAAGUCUCUAGAUGUUCGCAAAUAAUUUAAAAAUUUUGGAAUAUUUUAAAUUAUUUGAACAUUGUAUUGAACACAAAGUAAUUGAAAUCAAUUUUUUUGCAAAUAGAAACAAAGUUUUUAAUAAUAUUAACUUAUAUGCAACCUACUAAAUAAAUACUUGUAAUAGAAAUAGCAAUUAAUUCCAUGAUAAUAUUAUUUCAAUUAGGGUAUAGCACAUUUGUUUUCUAAAUUUGACGUAAGCAAUUGUCUUAAUUUAAAAAAAUGGAAUGUUGAAAUAUUUAAAAAUUAAAUGUAAAUUUAAAAGAUAUUUUGUAAUAUAGUUUGUAUAUUGGUAGUUUUUCUUUAUAAUAAUUUAGCUUACAAAUAUUUUGAAGUAUUUGGGGACAACUUUAAUGUCCUUAUUUAAUUUUUUGAUAUAGACAUGUUUUGCAAAUUAUGCACAUCGUAUUAAAGUUAUACACAAAAAGUAAAAGAAACUACUAAAGUUCUUUAAACAGACAAAUGUAAACUAUAAUUCAGAAAUCUUUAUAAUUUACAUUUCAAUGUUGAAAUCCUUAAGAUCAUCAAUUUUUACAAUUAGAUUAGAUUUUGUUUAUUAUAACUGUAAAAUUUAUAAUGAAAAUCAUAAAUCUACAACAUAUUCAGUAUUAGAAAGUAUUUGGAACAAAUGUAAGAUAUAAAGAAAUUAAUUAUAUGAAAAAUAUUUGGAAAAUUAUUAAUUUUGUAUACUAUGUAUGUUUUGAAUCGUAUUACUAUAUACGAUAGAUGUGAAAUACAAAUUGCAUAUCCAUGAUGCAAAUUUCGAGGUCAUUAUUACAUAUGAUUAAUAUGACAUAGGCUAUAACCAAGAAAGGGUUUCUAAUGAUAAACUAAACAAGAAAAAAAGCUUUAUAUAUGCUAUAGUUAAAUGAAUGUACAGAAGUAUUUUCAUAGCUUAAUCCAAAAUAAUCCUGCCUUUGAGAAAAUCUAAUAUGUGAAUAAAAAUUAAUAACAGAUGGGCUGUGGCUGAAACAUUAGUUGAGAGCUAUUUUUAUAGCUUUUUAACUUGAGAAGAAACUAGGAGGGAUAAAAUAAUCUAUUUUGACUAUAUUUUGAGUAUUGCCACAUAUGCAGAAAGUAACAUUAACUGGAAUAAAUAAAUUCUUCGAUUAGCUAAUUACUGUAAUUCAAAAUUUCAACAUGAAACUCAUUCUCUCAAACGCAAUUAGGUAUUGUAUUCUGUGUAAAAUAUAUAGUGAUUUGGAGUUGUGUGUGAGAUGUAUUGCUAUUGAGUAACUAUUAGUUAAUAAUGUAAAAUGCCAAAUUUGUUUCUAUCAACUCUUCCAUCCAAAAGGUUCGUUUUGCAAGAUAUUUCCUUAUGAGCUAACAUAAAAUAAAUAAUUUUUCAUUCAUUUUCAUGAAUUAGAUGUUAUAGAGGGUUGUAUGCAAUAGAUUAGCAAAGUUAUACUAGCAUUAAAAUAAUAAAUGUAUUUUAUCAUAUGAGAUUUGUUAAUCUGGUAUGAGUUUUUGUUAUAUUAAUAACAAGAUAUUCACUAACAUAAGAUAUUCAUUGUAUGCCAACAAUAAUGUUAUGUAUUAAUGGAGUUGCCCUAUUUCACGAUUAAGAUUUCAAGUUCCACGCGAUUUUUCUCAUAUACAUGUUAUUUUAUUUGCAGAAACAAAACUAUUUUUAACAGAUUUUAUGCAAUGUGAAUACAUAAAAAAGCUAUAUAUCUAGGUAUUUUCAGAAUUAUUUUGUGUUUAAUAUAGUCACUAUAAUAAUGCCAAAAAUCAUAUUUAGCUUUAAGGAUUUUGUCCUAAGUACUUUAAACUAAAUGAUUAAUACACUUGAAACAGAAUUAAAAAACAACCCAUAACUAGCAAUAUAAACAUCAUAUUAUAUACAGAUGUAUACUGAAUAUUGCAAUAAUGCAAAGUUGUAUUUCAUUGUAUUUACACAUAUCUGUACAAUAAAGAUAUUCAUAAUCAGUC